GAGCGGUCGGUGGUGCCGCGCGCCGCGCCCCGCUCCGUGGCCCGCAUGGACGGCGACGUGAUCAUCGGCGCGCUGUUCUCCGUGCACCACCAGCCGUCCGCCGAGAAGGUGGCUGAGCGGAAGUGCGGGGAGGUGCGAGAGCAGUACGGCAUCCAGAGGGUCGAGGCCAUGUUCCACGCGCUGGACCGCAUCAACGCGGACCCCACGCUGCUGCCCAACAUUAGUUUGGGCUGCGAGAUCAGGGACUCGUGCUGGCACUCCUCAGUGGCUCUUGAGCAGAGCAUCGAGUUCAUACGGGACUCCCUCAUCUCCAUCCGGGACGACAAGGACGGGUCCAAGUGGUGCAUCGACGGCACCCCGUCCAACCAGCCUCCCCCAUCCAAGAAGCCCAUCGCCGGGGUGAUCGGCCCGGGCUCCAGCUCCGUGGCCAUCCAGGUGCAGAAUCUUCUCCAGCUGUUCAACAUUCCCCAGAUCGCCUACUCGGCGACGAGCAUCGAUCUGAGUGACAAGACUUUGUUCAAGUACUUCCUGAGGGUGGUGCCCUCUGACACGCUGCAGGCCCGGGCCAUGCUGGACAUCGUCAAGCGGUACAACUGGACCUAUGUGUCGGCGGUUCACACCGAGGGUAACUACGGGGAGAGCGGCAUGGAGGCCUUCAAGGAGCUGGCGUCCCUGGAGGGUCUGUGCAUCGCCCACUCGGAUAAGAUCUACAGCAACGCCGGCGAGAAGCACUUCGACCGGCUGCUGCGCAAGCUGCGGGAGCGGCUGGCCCAGGCCCGCGUGGUCAUCUGCUUCUGCGAGGGCAUGACGGUGCGCGGCCUCCUCAUGGCCAUGCGCCGGCUGGGCGUGCACGGGGAGUUCCUGCUCAUCGGCAGCGAUGGCUGGGCCGACCGUGACGAGGUGGUGGAGGGCUAUGAGCAGGAGGCGGAGGGGGGCAUCACCAUGAAGCUGCAGUCGGCGGAGGUCACGUCUUUCGACGACUACUUCCUGAAGCUGCGUCUGGACACCAACACCAGGAACCCCUGGUUCGCCGAGUUCUGGCAGUACCGCUUCCAGUGCCGCCUGCCGGGCCACGCACAGGAGAACAAGAACUACAAGAAAGUCUGCCUGGGAAACGAGAGCCUGCACGAGAACUACGUGCAGGACAGCAAGAUGGGCUUCGUUAUCAACGCCAUCUACGCCAUGGCCCACGGCCUCCACGACCUACACACGGAGCUGUGUCCCGGGAAGCCAGGGCUCUGCGAGGCCAUGGACCCCAUUGACGGGAGCAAGCUGCUGGACAGCCUGCUCAAGACCUCCUUCAGGGGCGUCUCCGGGGAGGAGGUCUACUUUGACGAGAACGGCGACACGCCCGGAAGGUAUGACAUCAUGAACCUCCAGAACAUGGGCGAGGACGGCUACGACUACCUGCGCGUGGGCUACUGGCACGAGGGCCUGCUGAGCAUGGACGACAGCAAGCUGCUGAUGAACAGCAGCGAGAUGGUGCGCUCCGUCUGCAGCGAGCCCUGCGAGAGGGGGCAGAUCAAGGUGAUCAGGAAGGGGGAGGUGAGCUGCUGCUGGAUCUGCACCACCUGUAAGGACAACGAGUUUGUGCAGGACGAGUUCACCUGCAAGGCCUGCGAUCUGGGCUGGUGGCCCGACGAGGAGCUGGAAGUCUGCGAGCCCCUGCCUCUGAAGGUCCUGGACUGGUCGGACAUCGAGUCCAUGGUGGCGGUGGCGUUCUCCUGCGUGGGCAUCCUCAUCACCUCCUUCGUCACCUUCAUCUUCAUCCAGUACCGCGACACGCCGGUGGUCAAGUCCUCCAGCCGGGAGCUCUGCUACAUCAUCCUGGCCGGCAUCUUCAUGGGCUACAUCUGCCCCUUCACCCUGAUCGCCCGGCCCACCGUGGCCUCCUGCUACAUGCAGAGGCUUCUGGUCGGCCUGUCCUCCUCCAUGUGCUACUCGGCGCUGGUCACCAAGACCAACCGCAUCGCCCGCAUCCUGGCGGGCAGCAAGAAGAAGAUCUGCACGCGCAAGCCCCGCUUCAUGAGCGCCUGGGCCCAGGUGGUGAUCGCCUCGGUGCUGAUCAGCGUGCAGCUCAGCCUGGAGAUCGCCCUCAUCAUCCUGGAGCCGCCCAUGCCCGUCAAGUCCUACCCCAGCAUCAGCGAGGUGUUCCUCAUCUGCAACACCAGCACGGUGGGCAUGGUGGCGCCGCUGGGCUACAACGGCCUGCUGAUCAUGAGCUGCACCUACUACGCCUUCAAGACGCGCAACGUGCCGGCCAACUUCAACGAGGCCAAGUACAUCGCCUUCACCAUGUACACCACCUGCAUCAUCUGGCUGGCCUUCGUGCCCAUCUACUUCGGCUCCAACUACAAGAUCAUCACCACGUCCUUCUCCGUCAGCCUGAGCGUCACCGUGGCGCUGGGCUGCAUGUUCACGCCCAAGAUGUACAUCAUCAUCGCCAAGCCCGAGCGCAACGUGCGCAGCGCCUUCACCACGUCGGACGUGGUGCGCAUGCACGUGGGCGACGGCAAGACGGCCGCGCCCUGCGGCGGCAGCAGCCUGCUCAACAUGUUCCGCCGCAAGAAGCCCGCGCCCGCCAAUGCAAAUUCUAAUGGCAAGUCUGUGUCAUGGUCUGAAUCAGGUCCAAGACACCCUCCGAGGGGGGGGAAUGUGUGGCACAGACUGUCUGUGCAUGUGAGGAAACAGGAAGCCGGCACCAAUCAGAUGGCGGUCAUCAGGCCCCUAACUAACACCCCCGACCCCCACAGCUGUGAGCCCCCGACCCCCCGCGACCUUGGCACAGACCCCCGCCUCCCCACAGAGCCCCCCGUCACCAAGGCCCUGUACAACGUGGCCGAGGAGGACGACGACGACGAAGAGGAGGAGGAGGAGGGCGACUCGCAGCGCCCCCUCUGGACCCCCGCCUGCCCACAGCCCCCGACACGCCCCGGGUCGGGCCCCCAACCAGACACGCCCCUUUUGCCCCCUCCCUUACCGAGCCGCACCGUCGUCGCCGCUGAGCACUUUCAACGAGCGGAGGUGGAAACACAUCGCUCCAGUGUCCCCCUCCCCCACCCCCACCCCCACCCCCGCCCCGCGCCGACGGACACGGCCCCCCCGCCUCAGAUUCUGGCCCCCUCUCGCCUUCCGGCGGCCCUCCAAGCAGGGGUGUUCGGAGAGGAGGGGCCCGAGACGGACGAACUGGACCUCUUGCACAGCUACAUGCAUGACUCUAAGGACGAGGAAGAGGUGGAGGAGGACGAGGAGAGCUUGUCCAAGAGCAAGCUGACGCUGGAGGACUCCCUGGCUCUGUCGCCCCCCUCCCCCUUCAGGGACUCUGUGUGUUCAGAGGGCUCCGUGUCCCCGGCAGUGGACUCUUACCCGGGGACGUCCCCGGGCGCGGCCUACAGCGCCGCCAUACUGCGGGACUUCACACAGAGCUCCUCCACGCUGUGA